AAUUAUUUUAUUCUAAUAACUCAAUUUUGGGUUAAACAUCCUUGUCUUUGAGCUCAUCACCUACUUUCAACAGGUGAUUUAUGAAAUUAAAACUUUAAAAUGGGGAAUGAGUGUCACGUUAUAACUCAGCGCUUCCUCCAACUUUAAAUGGGAUAGAGGAAGAGGGAGUAUUUCCCUAAACAUUUUCAACCGACAUUUCAAUUGCCCAAAAUCGAAACACUGAAAGAGAACAGCCAGCAAUGGCGGCAACAACUGACGAAGCUAUGGAGUCAUUGCUUUCGAGCUUCGACCAAAUAUAUGACGAAUUUAAGAACGGCGCUGUGGAGAUUCAAACCUUGCAAGCGGACUACAUUACGGGAAGCACGAAACGAGAAGCUCUUGAAUUCACCGUACAACGCCUUCAAUCUGAAAAUGAUCGGUUGAGAAAGCUUUACGCUGAGUCACUCAACACAUUGGCUUAUAAGAUUGAAAGCCAUUCAAGUUGCCAGAGCUUGAAGGAGGAUCUGAAGAGUGUACAUCAUAAGUUUUUACAGAAAGAAAAUGAGUACAGAAGAACUAUUGAAUCUCUUAAAGGGGAUCAUGCAGAGAGAAUUCAAGAGUUGGAAUCUCAAAUCAGACGAUACCAAACUGAGGAUGCUGUUAACGAAGCGACCAUAAACCAGCUUCGCCAUGAUUUAGUUGUCCAUAGGAGCCAAAUAGAAGCUCUUAGAAGAAACUUGGAUCAAGUGUCUGUUGAAGUAGACUCCAGAUAUCAUUAUGAGAUUCAAGGUUUGAAGGACUCUCUCCUGGUUGAGCAAGAAGAGAAAAAUGAGUUGAACAAGAGGCUCCAAGAUAUGGAAAAAGAAUUGUUUAUCAGCAGAACAAAACUGGUAGAGUGCCAACAAGAUUCGACUUCAAGUCAACAUAUGCAUACACUAAAGCAAAAGAUAAUGAAAUUGAGGAAGGAGAAUGAGGUUCUCAAAAGGCAGAUACGUGAAAGAAAGGAGUUCUAGUUGAAGUAUUCCAUUUGUGAGUUUUUGUUUUUGGUUUGAUAGCAAGUCUCAGAUAUCAUGCAUAUUGACUGAACUGAGAACAUUGAGUAACCAAGCUUAUAUCUUGUAAUUCCAAAAGUCUUGAACAUUGUACGUAAUGUUCCUGUUAGAUAUUAAAGUUCUUUUGAUUUCAUGUUAGUCACUACUAAA